AUGCUCAGGACCUCGGGGCUGGCCCUGCUGGCUCUGGUCAGUGCUGUGGGCCCAAGCCAGGCCAGCGGCUUCACAGAAAAAGGCCUCUCCCUGUUGGGCUACCAGCUGUGCAGCUACCGUGUGACCCACACUGUACAGAAGGUGGAGGCGGUGCAGACGUCCUACAUGACCUAUGUGUCCUGCGGUGGCUGGAUCCCCUGGAGGCGGUGCCCCAAGACGGUUUACUGGACCCAGUACCUGGUAGUGGAGGUCCCUGAGUCCAGGAACGUGACCGACUGCUGUGAGGGCUAUGAACAGCUCGGCCUCUACUGUGUCUUGCCCCUGAAUCAGUCCAGGGAGUUCACAUCAAGACCCGGGGUCUGCCCCGCAGAGGGGCCUGAACCAUCCACCUCCCCCUGCAGCUUGGACACCGACUGUCCUGGACUUGAGAAGUGCUGCUCCCGGUCAGCGGGGCGCUGCUGCGUGGCCCCUGCACCCCAAGCUCCAGAGAGGGACCCCAUGGGCUCCUGGUACAAUGUCACCAUAGUGGUGAAAAUGGACUUCGAGGAACUCCAGCAAGUGGACCCCAGGCUCCUCAACCACAUGCGCCUUCUGCAUUCCUUGGUCACCAGCGCCCUGCAACCAAUGGCCUCCACCAUCCACCACCUGCACUCAGCCCCUGGGGAUGCCUCCACCACAGUGUCACGGCUGCUACUGGGCCUGUCGCGGCCACUGCCUGUGGCCAACGUCUCCGCCCUGCUGGGUGACAUUGCAAAGCGUGUCUACGAAGUGAUCAGCGUCCAGGUGCAAGAUGUCAAUGAGUGUUCCUACAAGGAGCUCAAUGCCUGUUCUGGAAGGGAACUCUGCGCAAACCUGGAGGGCUCGUACCAGUGCGUCUGUCACCAGGAAGCUCCAGCCACGUCUCCACGGAAGCUGAACCUGGAGUGGGAAGACUGUCCUCCACUCAGUGACUACGUGGUCCUCAACGUCACCAGUGACAGUUUUCAAGUAUCCUGGCGCUUAAAUUCUACGCAGAACCACACUUUCCAUGUCCGGGUUUACUGGGGUGUGGAGUUGCUCAGGAGUGCCAGGACACGGAGCCAGGCACUGGUGGUGGCUGGGCUGGAGCCUGGAGUGCUGUACAGGGUGAAGACCAGCUACCAGGGGUGCGGGGCCGAUGUCUCCACCACGCUGACCGUCAAAACCGAUGCCCAGGUAUUUGAAGUCACAAUAAGGAUUGUAAACCACAACCUGACGGAGAAGUUACUGAACCGCAGCAGCAUGGAGUACCAGGACUUUUCUAGACAACUGCUUCACGAGGUCGAGAGCUCCUUCCCACCGGCGGUGUCUGACUUGUACCAAAAUGGGAAACUGAGAAUGCAGAUCGUGUCUCUCCAGGCGGGAAGCGUGGUCGUGAGGCUCAAGCUCACUGUGCAGGACCCCGGGUUUCCCGUGGGCAUCUCCACGCUGGCCCCCAUGCUCCAGCCCCUGUUGGCAAGCACAGUGUUCCAGAUUGACCGGCAGGGGACACGUGUGCAAGACUGGGACGAGUGUGCGGAUACCGCGGAACACGACUGCUCACCGGCUGCCUGGUGCAUCAACCUGGAGGGCUCCUACACCUGCCAGUGCCGCACCGCCAGGGACGCCACCCCCUCCCGCGCAGGCCGGGCCUGUGAGGGUGACCUGGUGAGCCCCACGGGCGGUGGGCUGUCUGCGGCAGCAGGGGUGACGGUCCCAGCUCUUGGCACGGGAACAGCAGCCCUCGGCCUAGAAAACUUCACCUUGUCACCCAGCCCUGGGCACCCUCAGGGCACCCCGGCAGCAGGCCAGGCCUGGACCCCAGAGCCCCCACCCAGAAGAGGGGGCAGCAGUGUGGUUGGGUAUGACAGGAACAACACAGGAAAAGGCGUGGAGCAGGAGGUGGCCAGCACUGCCCCGGGUCUGGGGAUGGACCAGGGGAGCCCCAGCCAGGUGAACCUGAGCCAGGGGAGCCUCAGAGAGGGGAGCACCAGCCAGGCGAGCCCCAGCCACACAAAAUCCAGCCAGGGGAGCCCCAGCCAGGCGAGCCCCAGCCACGCAAACUCCAGCCAGGGGAGCCCCAGUCAGGUGAACCCCAGCCAGGGGAGCACCAGCCACACAAACUCCAGCCAGGGGAGCCCCAGCCAGGCGAGCCCCAGCCAGGCGAGCCCCAGCCAGGCGAGCACCAGCCAGGCGAGCCCCAGCCAGGGGAGCCCCAGCCAUAGGAACACUAUCGGGGUGAUAGGCACCACCUCCUCCCCGAAGGCUCCCGGGUCAACCCACAGCUUCCCUCCUGGGGCCACAGAUGGCCCACUGGCCCUCCCUGGACAGCUACAGGGAAACUCCACCAUGGAGCCACCCUCCUGGCCUUCCCCUACUGAGGACCCCGCCGGUCAUGUCAUGUGGCAUGCCACCCGUUCCACCCGGGAAACACUUCUGAAUCUCACGUGGCUGCGAAAUGAGGACAGUGGACCCUCCGGUUCUGUAGCCCUGCCAUUGACCCCCACCCUCACAGCUCUGAAGACCCCCACCUGUGUUCCUGUCUCCAUUGGGAGGAUCGUGAUCUCCAAUGUGACCAGCACCGGCUUCCACCUGGCAUGGGAGGCAGGUCUUGCUUUGGACUCCACCUUCCAGCUCACUCUGACUUCCACGUGGAGCCCCACUGUGGUCCUAGAGACCUGGAACACGAGUGUGACACUGUCGGGGCUGGAGCCUGGGGUCUUGCACCUGGUUGAGAUCUUGGCCAAAGCAUGUGGGAAAGAAGGUGCCAGAGCUCAUCUGAAAGUGAGGACAGCAGCCCGGAAGCUCGUUGGAAACGUCAGAAUCACAAAUGUCAGGUACUCAGAAUCCUUUCGCAACGCAAGCAGCCAGGAGUAUCGAGAUUUCCUAGAACUAUUCUUCAGGACGGUGCGGGGCUCCCUGCCAGCCACCCUGUGUCAGCACAUGGACGCUGGCGGGGUCAGGAUGGAAGUCAUUGGCAUCACCAACGGCAGCGUCGUGGUGGAGUUUCACUUGCUGAUAAUCGCAGAUGUGGAUGUCCAGGAGGUGUCAGCUGCAUUUCUCACUGCCUUCCAGACCGCGCCUCUGCUGGAGGUGAUCAGAGGCGACACCUUCAUACAGGAUUAUGAUGAGUGUGAAAGGAAGGAGGAUGACUGUGUGCCGGGGACAUCCUGUCGAAACACCCUCGGGUCUUUCACUUGUAGCUGCGAGGGAGGAGCCCCCGACUUCCCCGUGGAAUAUUCUGAGAGACCCUGUGAAGGUGACUCUCCUGGCAAUGAAACCUGGGCCACCAGCCCAGAGAGGCCUCUCACCACAGCAGGGACCAAGACUGCCUUUGUGCAAGGCACCAGCCCCACCCCACAAGGCCUGCCCCAGCGGCUGAACCUGACCGGAGCAGUCAGGGUGCUCUGUGAGAUCGAGAAGGUGGUUGUCGCCAUCCAGAAGCGCUUCCUGCAGCAGGAAUCCAUCCCUGAGUCCUCGCUGUACCUCAGCCACCCCUCCUGCAACGUGAGCCACAGCAAUGGCACACACGUGCUCCUGGAGGCCGGCUGGAGCGAGUGCGGGACCGUCAUGCAGAGCAACGUGACGAACACCGUGGUGAGGACUACGCUGAGGAACGACCUGUCCCAGGAGGGCAUCAUCCACCACCUGAAGAUCCUGAGCCCCAUCUACUGCGCCUUCCAGAAUGACCUGCUGACAUCCUCCGGCUUCACCCUGGAGUGGGGGGUUUACACCGUCAUCGAGGACCUCCAUGGCGCUGGGAAUUUUGUUACCGAAAUGCAGUUGUUUAUCGGAGACUCUCCCAUACCUCAGAAUUACAGCGUGUCUGCCAGUGACGACGUCAAGAUCGAAGUGGGGCUCUACAGGCUGAAAAGCAACCUCAAGGUGGUCCUGACGGAGUGCUGGGCAACCCCGUCUAGCAACGCCUGGGACCCGGUCACCUUCAGCUUCAUUAACAACAGCUGCCCUGUGCCCAACACAUACACCAACGUGAUUGAGAACGGCAACUCUAGUAAGGCCCAGUUCAAGCUGAGGGUCUUUUCCUUCAUCAACAACUCCAUCGUCUACCUGCACUGCAGACUCCGCAUCUGCAUGGAAUCCCCCGGGGCCACGUGCAAAAUCAAUUGCAAUAACUUUCGGUUGCUGCAAAAUAGUGAAACCUCUGCCACACACCAGAUGUCCUGGGGACCCCUCAUCCGGUCUGAAGGUGAGCCUCCACGUGCAGAAGCAGGCCUGGGUGCCGGUUAUGUGGUCCUCAUUGCGGCGGCCAUCUUCGUGCUGGUGGCGGGAACAGCCACCCUUCUGAUCGUGCGCUACCAGAGAAUGAAUGGGAGACACGACUUUAAAAUCCAGUCCAACAACUUCAGCUACCAGGUGUUCUACGAAUAGGAGGCGCAGGCUGACAGGAAGGUCGCCGCGAGUCAACCUGCCUCCAGAACCUCAGAGCUUCCCUGGCAGGUUCCCCCGGGAUCCCCAGUGUCUCUCUGCACCUCCACCCAUCCCUCGGUUCUUCAGUCUUCAAGCCUUAAUGGGGGUCUGCUCUGAUGGGUGGGCUCUGCCAGAGCCUGGGCGAGCCCAGAAAGGAAGACAGCAGCCACCGUCUGCCCCUUAGAGGCAGGCCGUCCUGUAGGUCCUAGAGGAGCCACAGCCCACAGGCAGAUGAAGGGGCUACGGAAGACAGGGACAGUGCUGGGGGUGCUCCGGCUACGCCACCACCUGCGUGGCCCCCACAGCCCAGACCUCCCAGACCUGUGACCCUCCACACCAGCCCACAGAACCCUCCUGGGCUUGCCCUCCCUUGGUGUCCGUCACCCUUUGGCAAAUAUAGAAUAUUUCACAUCCUCAGAGAGACCCGACCGUGCUCUUGAUGCUCUUUUGAAAAUAGGUCAGUCUUAGAAAUAUACUGCUAAUGUUAUUUUUAGUGGAUGUUUAUGCUCUUUGACUUUUCUCCUGUGUACCAAGGGAUUGCUUUUAUUUACACAACAGCGACUCAAAAGGCACUCUAUUAAUGUGACAACCUUUUUAAUAAAUAGAAAUAACAUAUGUACACAUCACUCUUUACAUUUUUCUAAGCAUUUUCACAGCCGUUUUUUCAUAUAAUCUGACCACAGUGGGAGGUGUGAUUUAUCCAUUACACAAUGAGAAACCAGAGGAGCUGAUGAGUUACUUAAUUGAGGUCACAGAAUGAAUUAGCAAGAAAAUGGUUCUAAAAUCUAAGUAUUUUAGUCUAGAAUUUUCUCCGUUAUAUCAUCCUAAGAGAUAAUGCUCUGUACUUUAUUUGAAAUAAAUUGGAAUUGUAUUAGAUAGGUCACACCUGAAAGGAGAGUGUUUUUCCUCAACGAACUUAGAAUUGUAACAUGGCCUUAGUUUUCAACCCAUGAUACUAAUUUUGUUGAAUAUAAUUAAUUGUCAUUCAUACAGAACAUUUGGGGAAAGGAGUAUUUUGAUUUACUGGAUAUUCUCAGAGUCAGUAAAGAAUGACAGUGGGUAAUAUGUGUAGAUUGCAGAUUCUGAUCAAGUAGAAUCAAUAGCAUAAGACACUGAAAUGUGGCUGGUUGUGCUGGAUGCUCCAUUUGGGAUGGUCCAUCACAGGCUCACUGAGCAUCUAGCUAGGGCCGGUGCUGUGUUGGGCACUCUGGGGAGGCCAGGAAAGCAUCUCUGGUUCUUCCCAAGUCAUGUCCAGCUGUUCUGAUGUCAGCUGAGGAGCUUUCACUUGCCUUUCUUGGAAAAGCAUGACACAUAUUCAGUAAAACCAGCUGUUGAGCCCCAUGACUGUGUGGCUCUUUGGAUUUCAGAUAAAGUCGUUGACAUAUAUUUAAAAACCCUGUCUUUCAAACUUCAUCUACAGUUUUCAAGUAAUUUUUUUUUUUUUUUGAGACAAAGUCUCACCCUUGUUGCCCAGGCUGGAGUGCAAUGGCGUGACCUCGGCUCACUGCAACCUCCGCCUCCCGGGUUCAAGCAAUUCUCCUACCUCAGCCUCCCUAGUAGUUGGGAUUACAGGCUCCUGCCACCACGCCUAGCUAAUUUUUGUAUUUUUAAUAGAGACGGGGUUUCACCAUGUUGGCCAGGCUGGUCUCGAACUCCUGACCUCAGGUGAUUCACCCACCUCAGCCUCUCAAAGUGCUGGGAUUACAGGCAUGAGCCGCUGCACCUGGCCUCAUGUAAUCUUUUUUUUUUUUUUUUUUUUUUUUUUGAGACGGAGUCUUGCUCUGUCGCCCAGGCUGGAUGGAGUGCAGUGGCGCUAUCUCGGCUCACUGCAAGCUCCGCCUCCCGGGUUCACGCCAUUCUCCUGCCUCAGCCUCUCCGAGUAGCUGGGACUACAGGCGCCCGCCACCACGCCCGGCUAAUUUUUUGUAUUUUUAGUAGAGAUGGGGUUUCACCAUGGUCUCGAUCUCCUGACCUCGUGAUCCGCCCGCCUCGGCCUCCCAAAGUGCUGGGAUUACAAGCGUGAGCCACCGCGCCCGGCCACGGCCUCAUGUAAUCUUAAUACAUAUGCCACGUCUGUUCAUUUGUGUUUUCUGUAAUAAUGAAAACUUGGUUUCCUGUCAUCCUACCUCCCCCAUUCAAGUCUAUUCUUCGACAAACACUUCCUGAGCACUCACAGUGCCCCAGGCCCUGAGCUUAGUGCUCUGGGCAAAGUGAUGAGAGGGACAGACCAAGCCCUGCCCUCACAGAGCACACGGUCUUGUGGGGGAGGGAAACGCUGAAGUCAGAUGGCGAGAGCCAUGGUAAGUACUGAAAGUGAUGAUUGCAUGUGUGCUGUGAGAUGCCCCUGACCUAGUCCCUUCAUCCACCCAUCUAGCCAUCUAACCAUCUACCCAUCCAUUCACCCACCCAUCCACCCAUUUGUCCACCUGUUCACACAUCCACUCAUCUGUCCAUCCAUCCACCCACCCACCCAUCCACCCAUUCACCCAUCCAUCCACCCGUUCACCCAUCCAUCCAUCUGUUCAUCCAUCCAACCAUCCAUUCAUCUAUUCAACCAUCCAUCCAUUCAUCCACUCAACCAUUUAUCGAUCCAUUCAUCCAACCACUCACCCACGCAUCCACCCACUCAUCCACCCCUCCAUCCAUCCAUCCACCUCCAUCCACCCACCCACCC